AUGGGUUCUGCCGUUCAGAUCACGGCUAUGAAGCUUUUCACCUCGCGGGCCCGUCGCACCUCAGCGAUCAUUUUCUUUAUGACCUUUUUCGUCACCAGCCUACUGAUGCUUCAAACGGUGACCUUGCGGGAUAACCCAUUACCUGAAUUUUCUUCUCCUUUCCCUCCUUCACUAAGUUACCCAGCGAGUUCUGUUGACUGGUCACGCUACGCCUAUGUGCAAUAUGUUACGAACCUUGACUAUCUCUGUAAUUCGGUCAUGAUUUUUGAAUCGCUGUCCCGCCUGAACAGCAAGGCGGACAGACUGAUGAUGUUUCCAUCCGAAUUUAAACUGGAGAACAGUUCUGCGGAAGGAAGACUGCUCCACAAGGCCCAGGACCAAUAUGGUGUACAGCUCGUACCCAUCACCGUCCAAAGUAAGCCUACUAACGAAGCCACAUGGGCCAAGAGCUACACGAAGCUGCUUGCCUUCAACCAGACCCAAUAUGAUCGCGUUCUUAGUUUAGAUUCAGACGCAACUAUCCUACAGGUAUCUAUAUCCUCAGCAGAUGAACUCAUGGGAGGUAGACUAAUUCAGGGGCCCCGUUCGCAGUCCGUUGAUGAACUUUUCCUUCUACCCCCGUGUCCCGUUGCCAUGCCGCGUGCCUAUUGGGGCAACUUCGACGACCGCGUAUUAGGCUCUUAUAUAAUGCUGAUUCAGCCGUCUGAGUUCGAGUUCAACCGAGUCAUGCAGGCGAUCGAGAAAGCGAGCGACUCCGAGUACGAUAUGGAAAUUGUCAAUCACCUUUACCGCGACAGCGCCCUUAUCCUACCCCACCGGCCAUACGGUCUGUUGACCGGGGAGUUCCGCUCGAAUGAUCAUACCGCUUACUUGGGCAACGAUAUCGAAAUGUGGGAUCCCGACCAAGUCUUUAAGGAGGCAAAAUAUCUGCAUUUUUCCGACUGGCCCGUGCCCAAGCCGGGGAUCCGCGCUCCAAAGCCCAUCAUACAAGAAAACCAACCGAUGUGUCACAAUGAUACGGUCUCAGGCGCAGAGGACUGUCGUUCCCGCGACCUAUGGCUCGGCUUUUAUAGUGAUUUUGCGCGGAGACGAGGGGAGAUCUGUGGAACGAGCCUCAAGAGAAGGGGUACAACGAACAUUUAG